AUGAAGGACGACAAGCUUGGACACAAUAAUCCAGAAGAUAUUGCGUCUUCAAGUUCUUCUACUGGAGACGAAUCACAAAAAGUAUCUGCGGAUAGCAAGGGCAAGCAGAAAGCAGGGUUGGGAUUAGCAGCUUCUCAACUUGGGGCCUCCACAAAGCUGGUAGUGAAUGCCCUCACAACAUUACGGGAACUGCCGACUUUGACAUCAGAAUUAAAAUCCUCCAGCGGCUCAAGCAGUCUGGGUUCGCUUUCAUCCAUUGCUGACGAGUACUCAUCUUACAAAUCACCCCAGAAUGCGCUGCUUGAUCAGAGUCAAAGGCCUACACAAGAGUGCCAGGAUGACUUAUUUGACACAUUCACCAACAGUUCUACGGAUGCGUUGGCGAAUGAUGGAUACCGCGUAGACGUUUAUGGGUCCUCAUUUGCGGACCAAGAGGCAUCAGAUGGCUUGGCCGUUUUAGAACUUCUCUCUCAGCCAGGAUAUGAAUCACUCGAGACAGCUCUUUAUCCGGAGAAUGACAUCCAUAUGUCAGGCGAAGAUGAAGUAUGGAAUGGAGCUGUGGCCGGAACCCUUACCGAUCAAGAAGACCAGCUUGAUUUCACUCCUGACUUCAUUACUAGACCCGAGCUGUCGCAACAAGCAGCACCGUAUCUUGGAACAGCGAACAUUGAAGAAACAAGCAGUACUUGGCUUGGGUAUUGGAGGGAUGUGUUUACAGCGUACAAUGCCCGGGUUUGGGGUAAUUCACAUCCAACAACCACGUCGGAAAUGCCAGAACAGGAUUUUGAACGAGAGCAUGAUAGCACCGAGCCGGCAACCAUAAAUCGGGCGCUUGAUCGGUUAAAGUUGAUAUUCUAUCACUUGAAAGGAUAA